AUGAAGCGCAAACGAUCAAGUUCGCACAAAACGACAGACCUAUGUGGCAGUUUCCUCGUGAACGUUUUGGAUCUCAGCAAAAUCCUGAACGGCAAAAAUAAAUCGCGCACCGUACACAAAUUGUCAUGCUUGAAGGAGUUGCUCGACAUCGGGGGCUCGUCAACGUCUGACGACACAAUUGUCAUUUCGGACGACACGGAAAGCGAGACAGAUACCGAAGGCGGUCAGAAGAGAAGAAGAAAAAUUAAGAAAGAAAUGUUUGAGAGCACAAAAAUGACGCGCUUCAAAAAAAGUCUUUCAGAUACGGAGGACGAGAAAGAAGCUGACGAGGAAAAUGACGACAGCGAAGAAGAUAUUUCGAAAAUCAAAAAUUACGUUAAGGAGAGCCUUCUGAAGGGACUUUCGCUGAAUUCGCACAAUUUUAACGGGAAUGAGGUGUCGGUGAAGGAAGAGCCGUGUGACGAAUUGUCGAGUCACGAGGAAAAGGAACCGGAAAUCGCGCCAUGUGAGACGGAAGUUGUCGUUGAGUCAAAGGAAGACGUUAAUCAGAGGAAGCGAAUCCGCUUUACGCAGCGCCGGAACUCGAGUUAUCAAAGCAAACGCCUCUUGCGACAUUAUAGAAAUUUGAAAAGACGACCUAAGAUAAAGAUAAAAAGACGAAAAAUAGCGAAAAAAGUGAAAGAAGACCCUCUUGAAGAACUUAAAAUGAUUGAAAAUGACGAAGAAUUGGAAGAAAUUGAAGUAGAAACGACAACAGAAGACAUUAAACUUCAAGAAUUCGCAAAAAUAGAAGAAGUUGAAGUCGCUACGACCACAGAAGAGCUCGAAACUGAAGAAAAAAAUGAAGAAAUUGAGGUCGAAACAAAAACAGAAGGCUUUAAAACGAAAGAAAAUGCAAAAAUUGAAGAAGUUGAAGUAGCAACAACCACCGAAAUCCUUGAAACGGAAGAAAAUUCAAACUUAGAUGAAACUACAACAACAAAAAUGACCGGAAUUCAAUCAGAAAUCACUCAAAAUCCGGAUCCAGUGACGGAAGAGACCCUUCCGAGCUCCACGACAAGCGAUCCGGACAUCCUCACACUUUCAAGACUUGAAGAACUAAAAGUGCAGAUAACGGAAGAUGAUAAUACCGUCUACAUCACCAUUCUAGAUGGCACAAUUACUAUACCGGACGUCCUUGAAGUGCUAAAUAACUCCUCGGGGAAUAAUUUGGAGCUCGUGGCAAGUCUCGAUGACUCGACAAUCGUUGAAAUUUUGGACCAAGAUGAGGUUGAAGGACUUGAGGAACGAGCGAAUCCCUAUUUUAGUCAACUUGAGUACAAAAGUUGUUACUCCACGGCGAGUAUUUCGACGGAAACUAAUGUAAAAACCCUUUAUGAGAUCAUCACGUACCCAGAAGUGAAGAAAAAUCUCAAAUAUGAUCCGAUGCGGUCAUCGCCAAUUUCCGCGCGCAAGCCCCAAAAGUCUGAAACGCCUUAUUCGUACAAGACAAUCGAUGAAUCAGUAUUUACGCUCGCACCCACAAACUGCAACUACAUCAAUCACGUGCACUGGACCAACUCGUAUCCGUUGUCGUACGAGACAAACGCACAAAGUCACCGGCAUCUCUGUGUGCUGAAGGAUUUGUAUCGACGCGGCGUGCUGGAGAAGCAUAUUCCGAGCGAACAGCCAGUCGACAUGCGUUGCAACUACGAUCACCUGCCAAAGCCGAAGGAAAAAACACCUCAAUAUAUCCCACCGACGCCCGUUCAGUAUCAUCCGUACCAGCCGCAUGCUCGACAUCAGUACCACCAGCACCACCAAGAAGUGCCGCAUCAACGUUACAACUCGUACCACCAACAUUCGCAUCAUCAUCAUCAUUCGCGGCGCUCGUCAUAUUCGCAUGACGUCUCCUACACGCGUCAAUUUUACGAACAAAAGCAGCAAAGUUCCUGUCGAUAUCCGCAAUGGAAGCCACCGAAAAGCGUUUUUCCGCCACCAACGCCGCCCGUUUCGUCGCAAUCGCAUUCAUUCAUCGACAUUCCGAUCUACUCGCCGGCCUAUAACAUAAAAAUUCCUCCACUGAGGAUCCCGAUAGCGGCAAUUGCACCAACAACUGCCGUCGCAAACACGUACAAACCGCCUGCGUAUCCGAGUUACGGGAGCUACAACCGGAAUUUUUAUCACGAGAGACGUUCGUAUCCGGAAACUUACUCAAAUUAUGCGCCAUCGACGUCUGCAUCGCCGAGCAUCAUGCGAAAUUUACUGCAAAUGGAGCCGAAAAGUCGCUUUGUGUGGUCUUGAGACAAGAUUCUUGCAACCGGAGAUUCCUUCGGAGGUGGUCACAGCACGCAAGUGUCGCGCGCAUCCG